CCGGUGGUGCCCGCUGGGGGCGGGGGCCCGGAGCCGGAAGUGGUGUUGCCUAGUCACCGCCCCGGCCGCCGGUCCCGCUGUCAGGGAGACCCCCGAGCCGCUGACGGGCCCGACCGAGGGAUGAGGCGGGCAGAGGCCGACUCCCACCCGGCUCCUGCGUCCACCCCGGCUCUUGCACCAGUUGCAGUUCCUGCACCAGCCCCGGCUCCUGCACCAGCCGCAGUUCCUGCAUCGACCCCGGCUCUUGCACCAGUUGCAGUUCCUGCACCAGCCCCGGCUCCUGCACCAGCCGCAGUUCCUGCAUCAGCCCCGGCCCCUGCAGCAGUUGCCGUUCCCACCCCACCUGCAGCCGCUGCAUCGUCCCGUCCCUCGCCCCCUCGAGGCUGAGCGGGGCUCCCGGCCCCUCCCACGCCGCCCCCCCGGCACGAUGAUGGAGGAGAUCGACCGGUUCCAGGUGCCCACGGCGCACUCGGAGAUGCAGCCGCUGCAGGACCCAGCGGCUGCCUCCAUCUCGGACGGAGACUGUGACACCCGUGAGGGGGAGACCGUGGCCAUGAAUUACAAACCGUCCCCACUGCAAGUGAAGUUGGAGAAGCAGAGGGAGCUGGCCCGGAAGGGCUCUCUGAAGAACGGCACCAUGGGCAGUCCUGUCAACCAGCAGCCCAAGAAGAACACCGUCAUGGCCCGGACAAGGCUGGUUGUCCCCAACAAGGGCUACUCCUCACUAGACCAGAGCCCGGAUGAGAAACCGUUGGUGGCAUUGGACACAGACAGCGAUGAUGACUUCGACAUGUCCAGAUAUUCCUCUUCUGGAUACUCCUCAGCUGAGAUCAACCAAGACUUGAACAUCCAGUUGCUGAAGGACGGCUACCGGUUAGAUGAGAUCCCGGACGACGAGGAUCUCGACCUCAUCCCCCCCAAGUCCGUCAACCCCACCUGCAUGUGCUGCCAGGCUACUUCCUCCACCGCCUGCCACAUCCAGUAACGGCCAAGGCAGGGGGCAGGCGUGGGCAGGGCGGGGGUGGACGGGCACGUGCACCCGGCCCCCCUCCCCCAACAACUGUAAAACUUCUUAACUGUCAUGGCUUCCUCCUAUGGUAGGAUGCGUACGUCUUUGUGUUCGUGGAGCUGGGAGAAACCAAAAAGAGAUUCCCUAGAGGGUAGGGGUGGGGUGGCAGAGGGGAAGCUGAGCUUUUGGGCUGGGAGUUAGCGGGGAUGGAGACUGCCAGGGGGACCCCCUCCCCACCUCCAUCCCUGGAGACAGGUGGGAGAUGGGAGGGUGGGACAGAUGUCGAACAGUUCGGCCCACCGCCGGGGCUGCAGUCUUCCAGAUUGGCUCUCGGCAUGGACCAGGGAAUGGUCGGGGCCUGGCCGGGGAACCCAGGUGUCCGGCAGGGGCUGGGUGAGGGGAAAACCAACCCCCUGAUCCCAACCCAGGCCCUGGAUGGGGAACCCAUCUCGCUCUGGGCCGUGGAUGGGGUCAGAGGGAAUGGCAGCAUUCGGCUCCCGGGCCCCUGUGGGCAUAGCUGAGUAAGGGAUUGGGUCUGUGCCUGAAUCUUCUGGGGCAGAAACUAGCCCGGACCCCAGCUACCAAGCAGCCCCCAGUCCUCUGCCAGGAGGGAAGAGGGUUAUCCACCCUCCGCACCCCUCGCCAGGGCACCCAACCUGGCCCACCCUCCCCGGGGGAAUCUCCAAUUGCCAUCCCAGCAGGCUUGCUUAGGUUGUUUUUUUUCUUCCCCCGCCCAAGCCAGGAGACUAAUGCUGUUGCUUUGCUUCGUUCUAAAUGACUUCUCCGUCCCUUCCCUCUCUGCCAUCCACUCUGAUGCUCAGGGGCCGGAGUCAUCUGGAGGGCUCGAUUCCUGUUGGGUUUGACUGCGGUGGCCCGGCUUUCCCUCAGCCUGGCCCCCUGGGGAGACACUCCUGGCCUGGCAGUCAGAGCCGCUGCAGGGGGCACCCGCAGCCCAGGGAGAUGGGACAGGGAUUUGAGGGCUCCCAGCCUACCGUUCCCCUCCUUCUUUUCUUCUCUCCCUCACUCUAUGCUCCCACUUUAUCUCUCUCCCUCCACCUCUCUCUGGGGGCCUAGCAGGGUACCUCCGGGUGAGACCCUCCCCCAGUUCCUCUCCAAGGCUAGCAACACCAGCCCUAACUUCUCUGCAGGGUGAAGUCAAGGGGAGGGAAGGCAUGGGGAAGGCUCAGGAGUUGGGGCCAGGACACUGUUAUCAUCCCAGCUGCCAUGCCGGCCUAGAAAACAAACCUUUGCUUUCUCCUCACUCCAUGCUUUGUGUCCGUAGAGUUUUACAUGGUUGUGGGGGUUGGUGCAGGGGGCGAAAGGACGAGAGGAGACCGAACACGGAGAGAGGUCUGAGCUGUCACCAGGCCGGCCGUGUCCCCUGGUCCCCGCAUCCCCGGCCCAGGAUGUGUGCAGUCCAUUGACUCGGGUGUGUAAACUAGACCCACUUCUGUGGCAGAGAACUUGCCCGGUUUGGAGACAGGUGUGGGAAGGGGAGCGCUCAGGGCAAGCUGGCUUGGGGGACAUGGCUGGGGCCAUGAGCUAGAUUUCCUUCCUGCUACCCAGCGUUCUACUGCAACCCUGGAAACCAGAGCUCCAAGGGAUAGGGGUGGCCACCGCUAGACCAGCCGUCAGUCCCGGGACUCACCCCUGGAGGGACAGGAUUGGGGAGCCUGGAUCGGCUCCCUCUGAGAGGGAUUGUGGGUAUGUCUGCUAUGUCCUAGCCAUUUCCCAGUCCCCCCGGUGCCCUGCCCAGUGACAGCGAAGCCAGAGUGAGUAUUGGGUUGCUGUGGGCCCUCCUGGUUUCCUAGAGACCCGUGGGAACUGGGGGUUGUGUGAACGGUGGACUUGGCCAACUCCUGGCCCUCUCCCUGAUGCCCCCAUCUUUGCCCUAACCCCUUAGCUGGGGGGAUCUGCCCUGGGGCUGCAAUGAGUUGUUGAGGUAGACCUGAGGGGGCUGUGGGGCUGGGAAACAGAAUCGUGAACGCCAGUGUGGGAGGCUGCAGACAUGCCCAUCGCAGUAUGGCUUGGCUUCCCCAGGCCUAGAUGCCCUCCUCUGGCAUCCUACCUGAAGCCUGGGGCCUACACCAGUCCCAGCUCUGGCGGCCGCCGGGAGGCGGAUGGGGAGGGGACGGAGGUGACCUGGGCAGAAUGAUGGGGGGAGAAGUGAGGUCUAGGAGCCGAGGGACGGGGGUAAAUGCAGCCCAACCUCACCCCUCCUGAGGGACCCCACCUCAAGGAACCACCUAGGCUGGGCCUAUCCGGCAGGGCCUCUGUGGGGGAGAGCAGUCGGAGUCAAGGCGGGGAGGGGGUCCCAGGAACAGGAAACAAGCUCCCCACUGCCGUGCCAUUGCCCACCUCGGGCUGUGGUGAGGCCCUCAGAGUUGCUGUUGGGCGGAGCAGUUUGGGCAGGGAGGGGCAGAUCUCCAGGGCCGUUGCCCUCUGGGGAACCAGGAGCAAGGAACGGGCCUGCAGGAGGUGAAGAGAACAGAGGGCACACCUUUUCUUGGUAUAAGGGGAGGAGGUCUGGGGCCUAAUGAAGAGAGGGCUGGGAAACAGUGUUGCCUAGUGGGUAGAGCAGGGUCCUGGGAGUCAGAAGGACCUGGAUUCUAAUCCCGGCUC